AUGGCAAUCACCAACGAUGGAAGGAAACGUGCUUUACUCCUUCACUAUGCUGGGGAGAGGGUCUACGACAUCUACGAUGCCGAAAAAGGUACAUCAGAGGGAACGUUCGAAGCAACAAAAACGGUGCUUACGAACUACUUUGCACCAAAGAAAAAUGUACAGAUGGAAAUCUAUAAAUUUCGUUCAUAUAAACAAACGAACAGUCAGACAUUAGAUGAGUACGUAACAGAACUCAGAACUUUGGCAAAGAACUGUGAGUUUACAGAUUGUGAUGCUGAAAUUUUACAGCAGUUAAUACAGCACUGUAAAUCUAAUAGACUAAGAAGAAGGGCACUGCGUGAACCAGAUAAAACUCUAGCAGAAAUACUCGCUCUUGGUCGUUCACUUGAAUUGUCCGAGGAACAAGCCCAGGUGAUGGAGAAGGAGAGGGAAUCUGUCAAUGCUAUUAAUCGAGGACGAAGCAAGCCCAGUCGAGGAAAAGGUAAACAAAGACCCCAGAAAAGCUUCAGUGAAAGUAAUCAUUCAUGGCACACUAACAGAUCAAGUCAGAAGUGUCGCAACUGUGGAGGUGAAUAUCCUCAUAGAAACAGCUGUCCAGCAAAAGGAAAACUAUGUAACUAUUGCAAGAAACCAAAUCAUUUCAUGAAAGUGUGCAUGAAAAAGCGUCGUAAUCAAAAUGUAAAUGAAAUUCAAGAAGGGGCAGUUGGGGGACAGUCAGAUUCUGAUGAAGAAGAAUAUUGCUAUGGAAUAAUUGGCCAAGUUGGAAAUAAAAGUCCCAGAACUAGUGUCACAAUAAAUAAGAAGAAAAUAACCAUGAUGGUAGAUACAGGUGCCUCUGUAAAUAUUUUGGAUGAAAAUACACAUAAGUUAGUGGGUCAAGUCAAAUUAUCAAAGAAAAAUCUACCAAAUCUCAUGCCGUACGGUGGUACUAAACCCUUGCCAGUGAAAGGUAAAUGCGAACUGUUAAUUGAAAAGAGUGACAAAUUUGUUUUAGACACGUUUUACAUUGUAAAAGGGAAUCAUGGUGCCUUAUUAGGUUUCGACACAGCAAAGAAACUUGGUGUGAUACAUGUUGUAAACACAGUCAAAGACAGAGAAAACAAAUAUCCUGGUCUAUUUACAGGAAUAGGCAAACUCAAGAAUCGCACGGUAAAACUACACAUUGAUAAAUCUGUGAAACCUGUCGCACAACGACAAAGGAGAACACCAUUUCAUCUGCGUGCUAAAGUAGAGCAAGAGUUAGAUAAAUUGUUGAAAGAAGACAUUAUCGAAAAAGUUGAAGGAGAACCAACACCUUGGAUUUCUCCAAUUGUAACACCACCAAAGAAAAACACAGAUGAGAUAAGACUAUGCAUUGAUAUGCGUGAAGCGAACAAAGCCAUAGAACGUGAGCGCCAUCUCCUUCCAACAAUCGAUGAGCUGAUCAACGAUUUGAAUGGUUCGACAGUCUACAGUAAACUUGAUUUACGUGCCGGAUACCAUCAGCUUGUCCUUGACCCUGAAUCUAGAUACAUAACCGCUUUCAACACUCAUGUCGGAGUUUUUAGAUACAAACGUCUAAAUUUUGGCAUAUGCUCUGCGUCUGAAAUUUUCCAAGAUACAAUCCGCAACAUCAUACAAGGCAUACAUGGAGCGAAGAAUAUAUCUGACGACAUCAUAGUAUACGGCAAGACUCAAACUGAACAUGACCAAGCGCUCGAAAAGGUAUUUCAGCGAAUACAUGAAAACGGCCUAACACUGAACGAGAAGAAAUGUGAAUACAACAGAAAAUCAAUCACAUUUUUCGGUGUUGUUUUUAGCGGCGAAGGUAUAUCUGCCGAUCCCAAGAAAGUAAAAGCGAUACAGGAAAUGACACCGCCGCAAAAUGUCACUGAACUGAAAAGCUUCCUUGGUAUGACCAGUUACUGUUCGCGAUUCAUACGCGAUUAUGCCAGUAUUACAGAACCGCUUAGAAAACUAACGAAGAAAGAUGUAGAGUGGCAAUGGGACAAAAGUGAGCAAAGUGCCUUUGAAAUGCUCCAGAAUGAACUAUCUAGUGAAACCGUUAUGUGUUACUACAAUCCAAGUGAAGAAACUCAAAUAAUGACGGAUGCAAGUCCUGUUGGAUUGUUUUGUUUUUUUUAA